ACGUGGUGUGACUUUACGCGCGAACCAGUGCAGUGCGGUGUGGACCUCGUUUUUGUCAGUACAGGACCGCUUCUUUUUUUUUUUCUUCCUUUUUGCGUUGUAUACCUAACUGUUGGAUUAUUUUCGGUAUGGACGUCGCCACAGCCACCGCGGAGACUGCCGGGGAGACGGUGAAAGACGAGUUGGCCGAUAAAUGUCAGAAGUUAUUCCAGGCCUUCUUGGAGGAGUUCCAGACCACGGAUGGAGAAGUGAAGUAUGUCCGGGAGGCUGAGGAGUUGAUCCGGCCUGAGAGGAACACGCUCCUGGUUAGCUUCACUGACCUGGAGGGUUUCAACCAGGAGCUGGCGACCACCAUCCAGGAGGAGUAUUACAGAGUCUAUCCCUUCCUGUGUCGGGCCGUCCGCAACUUUGCAAGGGAUCAUGGGAACGUUCCGCUCAACAAAGAGUUCUACGUGGCGCUGGAAGAUCUGCCUGCCAGACACAAGAUCCGCGAGCUGUCGUCCAUGCGCAUCGGCACCCUGGUGAGGAUCAGCGGUCAGGUGGUGAGGACGCACCCGGUCCACCCGGAACUGGUGAGCGGCACUUUCCUGUGCAUGGACUGUCAGGCGGUCAUCAAGGACGUACCCCAGCAGUUCAAGUACUCCCCGCCCACUAUCUGCCGCAACCCCGUGUGCAACAACCGCUCGCGCUUCCACCUGGACACGCACAAGUCCAAGUUCAUUGACUUCCAGAAGGUCCGGAUCCAGGAAACCCAGGCGGAGCUGCCCCGUGGUUCCAUCCCGCGGUCCCUAGAGGUUGUCCUCAGAGCGGAGGCGGUGGAGAUGGCCCAGGCCGGGGACCGGUGCGACUUCACGGGAACUCUCGUGGUGGUGCCGGACGUCUCCCAGCUCAGCACUCCCGGUCUGCGAGCGGAGACCAGUACCAGGGUCAGCGGACCGCAGGGAUUCGAGUCUGACGGUCUGAGGGGAUUGAAAGCUCUGGGGGUCCGGGAGUUGUCGUACAGACUGGCCUUCCUGGCUUGUUACGUCGCUCCCACCAACCCACGGUUUGGCGGCAAGGAGCUGCGAGAGGAGGAGCAGACGGCCGAGAGCAUCAAAAGCCAGAUGACCGAGCGAGAGUGGGAGAAGGUGUUUGAGAUGAGCCAGGACAAGAACCUGUACCAUAAUCUGUGCACCAGCCUCUUCCCCACCAUCCACGGCAACGACGAGGUGAAGCGCGGCAUCCUCCUGAUGCUGUUCGGAGGCGUUCCCAAGACGACCAUGGAGGGAACCUCGCUGCGGGGCGACGUCAACGUGUGCAUCGUGGGAGACCCCAGCACCGCCAAGAGCCAGUUCCUCAAGCACGUGGAGGAGUUCAGCCCCAGGGCCGUGUACACCAGCGGCAAAGCCAGCACGGCGGCCGGUCUGACUGCCGCCGUGGUCCGGGAUGAAGAGUCCCACGAGUUCGUCAUCGAGGCCGGAGCGUUGAUGCUGGCCGAUAACGGCGUGUGCUGCAUUGACGAGUUUGACAAGAUGGACCUGAAGGACCAGGUGGCCAUCCACGAGGCCAUGGAACAGCAGACCAUCAGCAUCACCAAGGCCGGAGUCAAGGCCACCCUGAACGCCCGCACUUCCAUCCUGGCCGCCGCCAACCCCGUCAGCGGGCGCUACGACCGCGGCAAAAGCCUGAAGCAGAACGUCAACCUGACCGCGCCCAUCAUGAGCCGAUUCGACCUGUUCUUCAUACUGGUGGACGACUGCAACGAGGUCACGGACUACGCCAUCGCCCGGCGCAUCGUGGACCUGCACUCGCGGGUGGAGGAAUCUGUGGACCGGCUCUACUCUUUGGAUGAGAUCCGGAGGUACCUGCUCUUCGCCAGGCAGUUCAAGCCAAAGAUUUCUAGCGAAUCCGAAGAGUUCAUCGUGGAGCAGUACAAGCGCCUCCGCCAGCGCGACGGCUCAGGGGGCGUGACCAAGUCGGCCUGGAGGAUCACCGUGAGGCAGCUGGAGAGCAUGAUCCGCCUGUCGGAGGGCAUGGCCAGGAUGCACUGUUGUGACGAGGUCCAGCCCAAGCACGUCAAGGAAGCUUUCCGUCUUCUGAACAAGUCCAUCAUCAGGGUGGAGACCCCGGACGUCAACUUGGAGCAAGAGGACGAAGAAGAGGAAGAGGAGAUGGCGGAGGAAGGAAACAUCCCCAACGGCCACGCCCCCGGCAUCAACGGCCACGCCCCCGGCAUCAACGGCCACGCCCCCGCCAUCAACGGCCACUCGGAGGGCGUCAGUCAGCCCAAGCCGUCCCUCCGCCUGUCCUUCGCCGAGUACCAGCGCAUCUCCAACCUGCUGGUCUUGCAUCUGCGCAGGUCCGAAGAAGCUGAGGAGGAGGAGGAGCUGAAGAAAAGCGCGGUGGUCAACUGGUACCUGAAGGAGAUCGAGUCGGAGAUCGACUCGGAGGAGGAGCUGAUCCACAAGAAGGGUCUGAUCGAGAAGGUCAUCCACAGGCUGGUGAACUACGACCACAUCCUCAUCCAGCUGUCCCAGUCGGGCCUGAAGGGCUCGGAGGCUGCAGGCAGCGAGGAGGUGGUGCUGGUCGUCAAUCCCAACUACAACCUGGAGGACUGAGAUCCUCUUGGCUAGAACAGGCGGACUAUGCUCAAUAUGAGACUUGAAACAAGUUUAUCCGUCAUGUUGAAGACCCGCACCAGAGUCUGAUUGUACAAAGAUUGCAUUAUUCCCUUCUCACGUGUCUUGUAAAUAUGCAGCCCACUUCCACUCUUGGGAUUUGUGUCAUAGAUGAUUGUAUUUGGGGGUUUUUUGUAGUAUUUUCUCUUGUGCUACUAAGGUGAAGUAAAUAAAAUGUUGAUCUUG